AUGAAAAUAGAUUAUCGAUCAAAUAAUCCUAUAAAGACAUAUACACCACUUGACUAUUCAAUAUAUAAAAAUAAAAAAUUAAAUAAUAAUAAUAAUGAUAAUGAUUAUAUACAACCAACCACUGCAAUAAAUAGAGUUAAUAGAUCAGAUGAACAAUUUAGACAAAUUUGUAAGUUUUUUUAA